GACAAGCCGAAGCUCUUCUUCUUCUCGUCAGAGGCUCAGGAAAGUUAUGAGCCCUUCUGUCAUGAUUUCGGACCAGUCAAUCUGGCGGCCCUCUAUCACUUCUGUGUCUUGGUAGACGAGAAGAUGAAUGAGCCCCGGCUGCAGCAGCGACACCUCGUCUACUAUUGUGAGAAUGAGUCAUCCUCUGUUACCAACGCUGCGUUCCUCCUUAGCGCCUACAUCAUGCUCCGUCGGGGUCUGACCCCAGAGGCUGCCUAUGCUCCCUUCCAGCGGAUGAAAGCGUCUCCCAUCAAGCCUUACCGAGAUGCCUCUCACUGCCCUUCCGAGUACGACCUCCCCAUCCUCGAUUGCCUCCGCGGGCUCUUGAGGGCAGUCAAGCUGGGCUGGUUCAAUCUGGACAAGUUCGACUUGGACGACUACGUACGGUGGAACCAUCCAAGUUUUGACUUCCACGUCAUCUGCCCGAAGCUCAUCGCCUUCCGAGGCCCUGACGUGAGGAGAAAGUUCAAGGAGGAUCCGACCGCCUUUAGCCCCUCCAAGUGCGUAGAGGCGUUCAAGGCCAAAGGCGUCACUGCCGUUGUCCGUCUCAACGAGCCGGAGACUUACGAUCCCGCUGAGUUUGAGAAGGAGGGGAUCAGACACUACGACUUGCAGUUCGAGGACUGCACUGCCCCUCCUCGUGCCAUCGUGGAGAAGUUCCUCAAGAUCUGCAAGGAUGAGAAGGGGUCGGUGGCUGUGCAUUGCCGGGCGGGUCUGGGCAGGACUGGAACUCUGAUUGCUGUUUACAUGAUGGCGGCGCAUCGUUUCAGAGCCAACGAGGCCAUCGCGUGGCUGCGGCUGGUGAGGCCAGGGAGCGUGAUAGGACGGCAGCAGCAGUUCCUCAAG